AUGGCCUCUCCAAAUCUGCUGGCUCCGCGGCUUCCGCCAUCCCAUAGGCGCCCGCGGCAUCAUUGGCCAUCGGAGAAAACGCACAAGGCGCAACCCAAAUCAUUAUUUCUUCCGCCCCAAGAAGCCGAGCCACCGCCCACCUGUUUGCUUUCCCUUCCACCCCUCGAUAUAACCGCCCAUCUCGGUUCAGUUCGCAGCACGCGCGCACAAAGUCGCCAGCCGAACUCGACUGUCUCCAUCGCCGCUGCUUCGCUUCGCCUCGCCUCCCCUCCCCUCGCGCACGACGAACCAUGGCUCCCAGGACGUUCUUCGUCGGCGGCAACUGGAAAUGCAACGGGACUGGCGAGGACGUGAAGAAGAUCGUCACCGUGCUCAACGAGGCCGAGGUGCCCUCGGAGGACGUCGUCGAGGUGGUGGUGAGCCCUCCGUUCGUGUUCCUGCAGCAGGUGAAGGGGCUGCUGCGGCUGGACUUCGCCGUCGCCGCUCAGAACUGCUGGGUGCGCAAGGGCGGCGCCUUCACCGGCGAGAUCAGUGCUGAGAUGCUGGUGAACCUGCAGGUGCCAUGGGUCAUUUUGGGACAUUCUGAGCGGAGAGCACUGCUGGGCGAAUCAAAUGAUUUCGUUGCUGAUAAAGUUGCGUAUGCACUGUCCCAAGGUCUCAAGGUAAUUGCUUGCAUUGGUGAGACACUUGAACAGAGAGAAGCAGGAACAACAAUGGAUGUUGUUGCUGCACAAACUAAGGCCAUUGCAGAGAAGAUAUCAGAUUGGACAAACGUUGUAUUGGCAUAUGAACCAGUUUGGGCUAUUGGAACUGGGAAGGUUGCAACCCCUGCUCAAGCUCAGGAGGUUCAUGAUGGUCUGAGAAAGUGGCUCCACACUAAUGUUAGUCCUGCAGUUGCUGAAUCUACCAGGAUCAUUUAUGGAGGGUCUGUAAAUGGAGCUAACUGCAAAGAACUUGCGGCUAAACCAGAUGUCGAUGGAUUCCUUGUUGGUGGAGCUUCAUUGAAGACUGAAUUUGUGGACAUCAUCAGGUCUGCGACUGUCAAGUCUUCACCUGCCUAGUAUUUCGAAUGCAGCCCGCUUGUAGAAGUGAAUGCUGCUGAUCUUUAAAAAGUUAUGCCAUUUUAGCAGCUUGUUGCGUUAUUCUACAUUCAGUGUGCAUUGUCUGUGUAUGAUGCUUAUGUCCGGUGAUAAUUGGAUAAAUCGAACCGUGCAUCUAUGCACAAAUUCGAAGAAGUCUGUUACCUGAAUUA